GAAAAAAAAAAUAAAAAAAAAAUGGAUGGCAUUUUCGUAAAUUAUAUGAACUUGUGGGGUGAAUAGGGCAAAACCAAUUUUCAAAAAAAAAGGAGGUUAGUUUUGUGUUUGACUUUAAGUUAUAGGUCAAUUUUGCAAAAAUCCCAUUAUUAAAUACUGUUACUGUAUCUUCCAUUCAACCUCAACCCAUUAUUGCAUUUUAAAGACUAUUGAAUCCGUUGCAAAAACAAAGACUAUUGAAUCCACCACUAAACUUAAAUCUUUGUUUUUUUUUUUACGUCAAACGGCCAUUCUAUUAUUCAAAACUUAAACCUUUGUUAAAUUACUAAAAUGGAGACAUAUAAUGUAAAAAAAAUUCUGGAAAACCAACUUAAUUAAGUUAUAGUUAUUAACCCAAAACGAGGAAAACCCCCGAAAUCAUGUAAAUACUAAAUACAGAUGGAAAAGCUACAUCUCUAUACCAUGAAUUGAAGUUGUUUACUUCACCAAUAAUAGACGAUUCCCUAUAAAAUUAAUUAUGUUACUACUUACUCAUUAAAACAUUACAUAUAAUUAAUGAAUAUUAUUUGAUUAAGAAAAACUCUCCCAAUUAUACUAAAAAUUGGAAGUAUUAAUCAGGACCACAACAUACAUGAAGAAUUGAAGACAUUCAAAUUUAUGUUUUAUCAAUUAUCAACAUACUGCUUGGAUUUCGUAAAAAAAAAAAAAAACUCCCGCUGUCGAUUGACAUGCUUAAAAAAGAUUAGAAGAUACCAUAUGCAUAUUAAGAAUGAUAAACAUAAUAAUGAAACGUCAUGCACGAUCAAAUGCGUUAAACAAUAAUUCCCUUUACUCUCUUCUAUAAAUGCCCCUCACAACACAAUCCCUUCUCCCACCACUUUAUUAAUUGAAUAAAAGAAAAAAAAAACAUUUCAAUUAUUCACUUUGAGAAACACAUGCAGACAAUGGAAGGAAGACAAUAUUACAAAAAUCAUGAAGGAAACAAUCAUAGCUCUUCCAUGGUGGUGCCUCACUCGGCGUGGCACUCUCCGGUUCCUUAUCUCUUCGGUGGUUUGGCCGCCAUGUUUGCUCUCAUCGCCUUCGCUCUUCUCAUACUCGCUUGUUCUUACUGGCGACUCUCUGGUUCGGUUGAGAGAGAUCUCGAGGACGGAGAGGAUGGCAAAUCCGACGGCGACACUCACAAGGAAAGGACUACCGCGAUGCCGGAGAAGUUUCUCGUCAUCAUGGCCGGCGAUGUCAAACCAACUUACUUGGCUACGCCGGCGAAUAGGUCUGACUACAGUUGUACUUGCGGCGAUCAUAAGGAAGAAGUGGCUAGUGAUCAGGUGGUGCGGCAGAACACUGGAACUUGAAAAACAGAACAAUCAUUAUGGACUCUGAACUGUUAACGGGUCCGGCCGGGUCAUAAUUAUGCUGACCUUAGAGGAGCGGAUUGGAUAAAAUUGGGUUUUAUAACUUUUAUUUUAUUAUUUUUGUCUGCUUAAACGAUGUUUAUGCAUCGUUAGUAUGGUUUUGGUUUUUUUUUUUAACUUAUUCUCCACUAUUUUCCCGUUUAUGGGUCAAGAAGGAGAACUUGAAUAGAUGAUUAGUAACUACUAUGAUGCUUAAGUACCUUAUGAGCUGCUUAACUACAUAUAUCGUUGUGAUUCAUGUCGGAUUGUUGCCGAUGGUAGUUCGGUCAUAACUAGAGAAUCGGCCUAAGUGGUCGUCAAGUGAAAGAAAAUUGAAGAGAAUUAGUAACAACGACACGUACCAAGAUCUUGAUGGUGUCGUCGUUGGCUCGUUGCGGCGAGCCGAAGUUGUUAAAUUCUCGUUGCAUCUUUACUCAAAAUUUUCUAAAUAGAUUGAUAACUAUCAAGUUUUAUAAAAGAACAAAUAGCCCAAAUACAUUUAUCCUUUUAAGUGUUUCAAAAAAGACAUUUAUCCUUCUUCCUGUUUAUCUUUAUAGUUGGACAAAAAAAAUAUUAUCUUUUGGAAAAUCAGUACAAUGUAAAUAGUGACUACAGCGACUGGACUGUUUUAGGAGAAAUUAGGCCACAUAUACCUAGAAAAAUUCAUAAUUAAGUAAAUACCCUAAAUACUAUUGAUACUUCUAAAUCUCAAUAUUGUCCCUGCCCUUAUCCUACCCCAUAUCUCUGCCCCUACCCUGCCAGUUCCUGCCCAUUCUUCUUCCUUCUACCUCUUGUAUCUCGCUAAAUUUUUUUACCGAAUAAUAAUAUGCUGGCUCUUUCUUCUUUCCUAAUCCAUUAUCACAAUAUUUUUUUUUCUCUUUUCUAUUUUCACAGUUGUGGAUCCAACAAAAUUAUCCCAUCGAGGUAGGAGAGAAGAUUAACUCCUAACACAACCAAAAAUUGAUUGAACCAAAUCUCUCGCCGCGAACCGAGAAGAUUGAAUUUCUGCAGAACUGGAUACUCAGAGUGAAGAAAAAAUACAAGAUCUAGUUUUUGAUUGAUGGAACUUCGGUGAGAACUUCCCUGCACACGACAGAGAAAUAAACGAAGAGAGUAAGAUAUAUAAUCUAAUAGCUGGUAGUUUACAUCUUACGUGCUAACCAUUGCCCAAAAUUGUUAUUCAUAGCAUCAUUGGUUGUAUCUAUAGAAAAUUAGUUCUUGACUAAAGUUGUUUCAAUGGUCGGUAUCAUUCCUAGUAUUGAUUAACUUUAAUUUUAACAUAGCUGGAACUGCUGUUAUCAUUUAUAAUAGACACUAACUAUGUGCCUUGCAUUACUUUAUCGUUAGCAUGUAAAUAUUUUCAUCUUACGCUAAAUAUAUGCCUCACAUUGACAUUAUUAGGUGUUAGUAUUUAUAUUAGCCGUUACUACAAAAGUUAGCAGUGACCUCAUUUGUAUCAUAUAUAAAUUAAUAAACUACAUCUAAAUUUAUGUUUUACACGUUAAAUAACAUAUCACAAUGAGGUCACUGCUUUUGUUACUUGUUAGUUAUAAUUUUUUCAUAAACAAGUUUAUUCACUAACAACUCAUAUAAACCAGAAAUUAGAUUUAUGUCAUUGUUAACAUUACUUGAUACCUACAUCAUUAUCUGUCUAAUAUAUAUUAUUUAAUGCUAACAUUUUCCUUAAAGCUUAACGUAAAAUGUUAACAUUAUAUGUUAUAGGAUAAAUACCGUUUUAGAGUUAUUUCAUUGUUAACAUUACAUGACAAAUGCAUCAUUAGCUGUUUAACUUAUCUAAUAUUUAAUGUUAACAUUUUACGUUAAAGCUUAACGUUAAAUAUUUUAAGAUAAAGCUUAACAUUAAAUCUUAACGUUAAAUAUUUUACGAUAAAGCUUAACAUUAAACAUUUUAUGUUAACAUAUAAUAAUCUAUGUUUGAGUUUCGUACUAUGCUUUUUCUCUUUGUGAACUAUUGAUUCCUACAACUUAUCGUAAUCUCUAAUUUAUUGGUAACAAAUUCAUAAUUAGGAAAAACGUUUUUGGUGUAUCUGAGAUUAGAUGUUGAUGACGAGCAUAAAUUAAAAAUGAGGAGAUUAUGUUGGAUUUGAGUUGGAAACCAAGGAAGCAAUAGUUAAAGGAUUCGAUGAAAAAUUGAUUGUGUGUUUGAAGAAAAGCUUUAUACUUCGAUAAAGGUGGAGAAGAAAGAUAAAAAAAGAUUUAUGAUAUAGAUGGAAACCUGGAAAAAAAAGAGAAAGCAAUUCGGGAAAGAAAGAGAAAGAUGAGGAAUGUUUGGGGCAGGGGCAAAACCGUCAAAGAAAACCAAAAAUGUACUUGGUACUAGAGUUUAUGAGCGCUUAGGGUAUUUCCCUAAUAUUGCACUCGAUUUGGUAUUUCUAGCCAAUUGUCUCCUGUUUUAGUGUGAGGCAAGUGGUCAAUGAUUGUAGCAAUUAUGUACGUCAUUUCCUUAGAGUGUCCUGGUAUGUUUAUGUGAACAUGUGACAAUCGACACAAUUAAACAAGAAACAAUUACACUCAGGGUCACUUUCUAUCUUUUUAUAUCAUAAUAGGUCAGUUGUUGCUACACACACACUUUCUUCCAAAUAACCUAUUGAAUCUUAACUAAAAUACACUAACCAUAACUCUAAAACUUAUGGACCUAACUAGAGAAUAAGCGGGAAUUAAUAUCAGCCACACAUCUCUCCUCCUAUCCGACAGACAAUAUUAAUUAUAGUACACUUUAACAAAUUUUAUAUUUGUCUUAUUUUAUGACCAUUGGAUCUACUAUUAUAACUUUAAUAUGAAUAGCCCAGAUUCAUCUUAUCUUUUUAACACAUCAUCAUCUUCAUCGGCUGAUUUUUUUGUCCUCAUAAAUUCGAAAAUCCCAACCUUCAACCAUCUCUCUCGAUUCAUUGCUGGCGAAUGGAGUUUCGGUGACUCUCGUUGGAAUUACGCGAUGGACAAGGAAAUUAUGUCACGAAUUAUUCUCAUUUUCCCAGAUAUAUCCUUGCUUGAAUUACAAAACAAUAUCAUCAACAAGUUCUUCACAGUCACGGUUGCGGCACCUUCGGUGGUUUUGAGUUAUUGGAUGCCUAACACAAAGGAACUUGUAACUGGAAUCUCCCCACCGCCGGUCAUGCUUAUCCACCAUAGAUUUGUCUUGUACUUCUACGGUCAUUUCGAAUUGGGUCAAGAAACAAUUACAUGAACUGAGUCAAGAUAACAUUACAUGAACUGAACUAGUUAUGAUGAUUGUGUACAUAUGGAUAUCAUGUGUGUUUAUGUUAAUUGUGUGUACAUAUGGAUAUCAUGUACAUGUAAAUAUUGUAUUUAGGUAUACACGUGGAUAUUGUUCUCAUGUGUACACGUGAUUCUCACAAAGUCCUAGUCCAUUCAUCCAACACAAAAUACAUCUAGUGAUACUACAUACGACUAUCUAACAUAAAGCAAUCAAAUUUUUGAAGUCAUAAAAAUACACGUUUAUGGCUAUAUUGCAAUCCACGAGUUCUCGAUCUCUAAUGUCCAUAUGUACACACUCUCUCUAUUGUCCAUAUGUACGCACUAUUUCUAAUGUCCAUAUGUACACAUUCCCCUGUGUACACUUAUUUUACUCACUAUACAGAUGAUUGGUUUAAACAAUAUACAUCCACUCCAUCAAUGAAAUAUGUGAUCCAGUUUAUAAUAAUGUUUUAAAUGGUUCUCAAUGUAGAAAAUAUUCAAAUAAAAAA